CCAUUCAUUCUUUCGCCUCCGGGUUUGUGCUAUUUGAUUUUGCGUUAUUGCAGGGACGAGGAUACACCUUCUACCUUCCUUUUUGUCUAAUUUUGCUUCAAACAACCAUAUUCGGAUUGUUCUACUCGAACGAAAACAGCAAUUGCAUGAGCACAGCACAACCGAUUAUUCGCUUUCCUCACCCCCUCGAGACCAUGUCUGGUCCUCCUGACGCCAACGCGAACGCAAACAGCGGUACCGGCAACUCGCGCCCCAGACACAGACGUGGUCGUGGCAACCGCGCCCAUCGACACAACAACCAACAAACCCAAGCACCGUCAUCUCAGACCCCGGACGCCCAACCGCAAGCAUCGCAACCGUCUCCAUCGGCGAACGGUGAAAAUUCGACAGCGAAUAACCCCGAUGCAGCUCCCCGUCAACGGAGGGGUCCGAGAGGUGGGGGUAGAGGGGCAGGUCGAGGUGGACCCCGUUCGGAUAGUGGUGGUGGUCGACGACGACAUGGAAGGGGAGGUGGUGAUGCGAUACAAAAACCUAGGCGGGUUGGAAUUGGUGGACGGACGUUUGAGGGACGAUUGACGAGACCUGAGGGGGGUGCGGAGGAUGCGGAGGAUGCGGAUAAUAAUGAAGGAUUGAGGGCUAAUGCGCCUACUUUCGUGCCUGGAGCACCGCCGAAUGGUGAAGGACCGUCGACCCCGAGAGAUUACGAAUCGAAAGGGAAAUCGAAAGCGAAGAGCAACCCUCCGCCGCCGCGACCGAAGGUCACUACGAAGUCUGUUGCACCUGAUAUCGCCACCCGGAUUCACGAAGAUAUACUUCACAACCUUUACGAAUGUCCGAUCUGUACCAGUGAAUUGGGUCGGAGAUCGCGCGUUUGGUCGUGUGGACUUUGCUGGACGGUUUUCCACUUGAGUUGUGUUAAGAAGUGGUCGAAGAAUGAAGGCUCAGCGGCACAAGAUGCUGUGCGUCGACAACAAGAGGAGUCUACCGGGGAGAUCGACACACCUCGCGCUUGGCGCUGUCCCGGUUGCAACCUUGCUCAGGAGGUGUUUCCUUCGUCUUACUCGUGUUGGUGUGAGAAAGAAGUCGAUCCGCGUUCACUACCCGGUUUACCUCCGCAUUCAUGUGGGCAGACCUGCUCGCGCGCUCGUAAGGGAUGUCCACACCCUUGCGAUUCGAUUUGCCACGCCGGUCCCUGUGCACCAUGUACGGCUAUGGGCCCAACGCAAGAUUGUUUCUGUGGAAGGAACUCGUCUACGAAGCGUUGCCAGGAUACCGACUACGAAAAGGGGUGGAGCUGUGGUGAGAUUUGCGGCGAUCUACUGCCCUGCGGAGAGCAUACUUGUUCGAGACCGUGCCACGAAGGUCUUUGCGGUGCUUGCGAUGUCAAGGUGGAGGCACGUUGCUAUUGUGGAGAUGUGCAGACCGAGAUGCUGUGCAGUGCUAGAGAUGAAGAGAUGGAGAGCGAGAAGCUACGUGACGAUUCUGGUGAAGUUGAAAGUUGGGAAGGCUGCUUCAGUUGUGGAGAACUCUGCAGCCGUCCUUUCGACUGUGGUGUUCACUUCUGCCAGAAAAGUUGUCAUCCGCAAGAUUCGCAACCCGCACAUUGCCCAAAGUCACCUGACGUCGUACUUGACUGUCCUUGUGGAAAGACGCCGUUGACGGAUAUACCUGGAUAUUCCCCGCGAACGACCUGCGAGGACCCCAUUCCCCGUUGUCGUGAAGCGUGUGGUAAACCUUUGCCAUGUGGACAUCCAUGUGAGAAACUUUGCCACACCGGUCCAUGUGGUGUUUGUAUGCUCCGGGUUCCGAUUUCGUGUCGCUGUGGUCGUAAUACCAUGAUGACUGUUUGUCAUCAAGGCACUGUCGAACAACCGCAGUGUUUCCGCCAAUGCAAAGCAGGCUUGCACUGUGGUCGACACUCGUGUGCUGAGCGGUGCUGUCCUGGAGAGCAGAAGGCCCUUGAGCGACAGGCCAUGCGACGGAAGCUGAGGUCGCAUCUCCGUCCAAGCGACGAGGACGUGGAAGCAGAGCAUAUCUGUACACGAGUGUGUGGUCGGACGCUGAAAUGCGGAAGACACACGUGUCCGGAGAUCUGUCACAAGGGGCCGUGUAACACCUGUAGGGAGGCGAUUUUUGAAGAGAUCCCGUGUAACUGCGGGCGAUCUAUCUUGCACCCGCCAUUGCCCUGUGGAACGCAGCCUCCAUCGUGCUCGUUGCCGUGCGAACGGUCCAAACCCUGCGGCCAUCCCCAGACACAGCACAACUGUCACACAGAUGACGAAAACUGCCCUAAGUGUCCAUUCUUGACCGAGAAGAUGUGUCUAUGCGGCAAGCGGACGAUGAAGAAUCAGCCUUGCUGGUUGGUGGAUGUUCGAUGUGGUCAGAUUUGCAACGAACCGCUCAAGUGCGGCUCGCAUUCGUGCAAGAAAAACUGCCAUCGACCUGGCGACUGCGAGGAUUCAACUCGACCUUGUCAGCAGGCAUGUGGGAAGCGCAAGACGCUGUGUGGUCAUCCAUGCACAGAUGCUUGCCAUGCUCCUUUCGCUUGUCCGGAGAAGACGCCCUGCUCGGCUACGGUCACGGUAACAUGUGGCUGUGGUCGACUCCGCCAGGAGCGACGCUGCAAUGCAGCCAAGGCAGUGGCUUCUAAGGGACAGGUACAGCAACCACAACGACUGCCUGCAUUGACACCAUUGACUUGCGAUGAGGAAUGUUCACGUCUGGAGCGAAAUCGGUCUCUAGCAUCCGCGCUAGGAGUCGAAAUCAACCAAUCUACCACCCUCGCCCAAAAUGCUCUUCCGUACUCCUCCGAAACUCUCGACAUGUACAUCCAACUUUCGUCUUCGGCGCCGCUAGCUACCCUCCAGACCUACGAGUCUACUCUACACUCUCUAGCAGCAUCAAUCAACUCCACAAACCGUUCUGUCCGCUUCCAACCCGCCAAGCCCUCUCUCAGGGCAUUCACCCACUCCCUCGCAACGGACUGGGGAUUUGCCACGGAGAGCUUCGACCCAGAGCCACACAGGCACGUUUUCGUUCUGAAACCGGCGUCGUGGAAUCCUCCCGUCUUCGGAUUCGGUAAUGGAUCAGUCAUCGGUAUCGGUGGCAUGAGCGUUGGUGAAUGCGUUAAGCUUCGCGAACGACAGCGGCUAAAAGAGCGCGAGGCACAGCGUGUCGCAGCUGCAGAGGUGAAGGCAUCGCGCGAAGCUGCCAAGGCACAAACUCAAGGCAGCGUGGAUGGCGGUGGUUGGGCACAGGUAGCUGCUUCACGGAAGAGUAAUCCCGGCGGUUCGCCGUCUACUCUGAGUCCGAAGACGACGUUUUCGUCGGGGUCAUAUGCUGCGCUUGCCGGUGGUGAUUUUGGUGCUGGUGCUGGUGCAAGUGCGGGUGCGAAGAAGGAACGACUCGUUUUGCGCUCUGGUGUUGGUACUGGGAAGCAGUUGCAGAGUAAGGUUCAAGAACCUGUUGCGGAUAGCUGGGAAGAAGAGGAGGAGAAGGAGGAAAAGCAGGAGAGGAAACUCGAGGGUGUGGAUGGCGUGGAUGGAGCGGAUUGUGCUGACAGUGGCCAUGCCAAUGACGCUCAAACGCAAGAACCAGAAGUUGAUGCCAAGGGGCAGGAGAGGAAACUCGAAGGUCCAGGAGCUGACGGUGAUGGUCAUGCUGAGGAGCACAAGGAUAAUGGCGAUGUUGAGGUUGGAGUUGCGGCUUCAUGAAGUUGAACUGGGAGUCUUUCGUUAUGAUAAUAGAUGAUUGAAUUGCAUGCUAGCAUUAGCGAGGUGUUGUUCUGCUUGCAAGCAUGGCAUGGUAUGCAUAGUUCGGAUAGAAAAAGUUACGUUGAUUCUGCACUCGUUCCUGUGGGAAGUACUCCGUACCGUGUAGCUGCUGAUCCAAGAGACUACCUAGUGGGAUACGGGACAUGCAGCGAUCAGGUCACGAGGUCAGUGAGGCUACAAACACCUACCCCUUAUGCCUAUGCUUUGUUAACCCCGAGCAUGUCUCAUCCUGCUCUGCACAUCCCCGAGGCAGCAGUAUUCCGAGCUGCAAAUCAUCACAUCUGCGCUCAUUUCUGUACAAACAUGAUAUGAUGCGCAGCAGAUCUCAGCCCGCCCAGCCCAGUUGGACAAGCAAGGCAAGACAGAUGGGAUGCGAGCU